UUUUGGAUCAAAUAAAUGCAGGCAUGGUGAGCAGAAGAGAAUUCUUUAAAAAACAUUAAAAAUCUUACUGUUCAAAAAGACUGGUAGUGUAGAUAAAAAUAAUUGUUUGCAUGAAUAAACAAACAAAUAAAUAAAUAGAAUAUUUACACAAAGGUGGCGCAGACGCACUUCUGAAGUGGAAUUUAAAUGUAUUCACACAGACUAUUUUAACAAUUUCCUUACUACCUUUCUGGGUCAUUUGAAUGUGUCAGUUGCAUUGCUGUCUAUGCAGGGUCAGAAAGCUCUUGUAUUUCAUCAAAAAUAUCUUAAUUUGUGUUCUGAUGUUUUAUAUGUGUAUGUUUUAUACACUGAAAAACCUUCCAGUUGUUAUUUAUACAGUACAAUAAAAAUAUCCCAGACAAAUUUAACCCUAGAAUUACACUGCUCAGAUCGGAUGAAACGUAAGCAACACACAUGCAAAACAAAUUUACAUCCCUCAGUAUUCUGUAUAUACAGCUGUAGUAACCCUCAUAUACAGUAACCCUGUUUCCUCUCUCAUUUACAUAAGCUCCACCUUUUCCUCAUCAUCUCGCUUAACCUGUGGAGUUUUGACAUCAUCACAGCAGACCAGAGGCUUAGUGCUACAACACACCUGAUGGCUACAGUUUGCCACCAAGAAGGUUACCUCCCACUUCCUACUUGUUCCCUGUGUUGACCUUUGUAUUUGUGUGUACGGUAGUAUGGAUAUGCAGUCACUAAAGAUGAGCCAGACAGAACAUGAAAAUGGGAAUGAGGAGCCUUUGCAGCCAGCAAACACCAUGAGAGAUUGCAGAUGAUGCUUUGAAUUUCCAAUGGAGCUACAAAGGAAGAGCCGGACAGGUCAGCCUGCUGGGACUCUGGAUGGAGGCUAUGGCUGGUUCAUUGUGCUCUCCACCUUCCUUGUGUUUGGGCUGACAUUUGGUGUAAUCAAGUCCUUUGGUGUGUUCUUCGUAGAAAUCCAACACUACUUUGCUACCACAGCUACUGCAAGCUCAUGGAUCACAUCCAUUUCGGUGGCAACUGUACAUUUUGGGGCCCCCGUAGGCUCUGCACUAAGCGCGUACUUCGGCCAUCGGCCAGUGGUCAUGGCAGGAGGUCUGCUGAGCAGCAUUGGGAUGGUGGCCGGGUCAUAUGCCCAGGACCUGCUACAGCUGUACAUCACUGUGGGGUUCCUUACAGGAUUUGGCUAUGCCCUGACCUGGACCCCUACUGUCACCAUGCUGGGCUGGUACUUUGAGAAGCGACGGCCAGUGGCCAACGCUCUGGCCAGCACAGGAGAGUGCCUCCUCACCUUCAUCCUCACCCCAUCCUUCCAGUUCAUGGUGGAUCAGUACUCCUGGAGGGGAGCCAUGCUGAUCCUGGGAGCUCUGCAGCUCAACUUGUGUUUGUGUGGAGCUCUUCUGAGACCCCUCAACAGACAUGUACCUCCUAAAGAGCUCGAAGAGGAGAAAGAACAUGAGCUUGAACUGUUAACUCAACCUCACAUAGACUGUAAAAGUUCAAACUUUAAAAAAUCAGAUGCACUGAAGGUCAAAAUCAUUCGUUACGUGGACUACACGCUUAUCGCUAAUGCUCGCUUCAUGGUGUAUUCGAUGUUUGGUGUCUUCGCUGCUCUCGGUUUCUUCGCUCCAUCUCUCUUUCUGGUACCGUACGCCCGUAGUCAAGGAGUGGAGGAGUACCAGGCGGCCGCUCUCAUGUCCAUCUCUGCGGUGCUGGAUCUGUUAGGCCGGGUGCUGUUCGGGUGGGUGGCUAAUCUGCGGCUGGUAAAGACAGUCCAUCAGCUGAUCGUCACAGUGAUUCUGUUGGGCAUUGUUCUGCUGCUCUGCCCCCUGGCAACUACAUUCACCCAGCUAGCGCUGUUCAGUGCAGGUUAUGGACUGGUGUUUGGAGCAACUGUGGCCAUUCAUAUCACGGUGCUUGCGGAAGUGGUGGGGGUGGAAAGGCUGGGAAGCGCUCUGGGCUUCUUCAUGCUCAUCCGCAGUAGCGGUGGCCUCCUUGGACCACCUUUGGCAGGAAUCUUCAUUGACAAAAUUAGUGACUACAGUGCUGGUUUUCUGAUGGCAGGUGUGGCUCUUCUCGUCUCCGCCCUCUUUUUGCUUGUAUUACAGCAGAUGAACAAAAAAGGGACGGAAAAGGGAAAAGACGUCAACUUGGAGAACGAGGAAAGGACAUGAGAAUCUGAAACACGGGAUUCUGGUUACAGAAAAAGUUAGUAAAAGGAGGCCCUAGCACAUAGUGCAGUGUUUCACCACAAAUGCAGCCAUGAUAAUAAUUAGAGAUGACUGUCAUAGGUGUAAACUGACAACAAUCAUCAUGCUGACAUAUACUGUCUGUUCAUUCCUGAAGGAAACUCGCUUAAUGACGCUGAGUGAACAGACAUUUCCCACCUAAUUGAAGCAUUUGAUGGAUUCUGGGAAGUCAUCUUAGCCCUGUAAUGAUGCCAUUGCAAGCAAUAUUUCAUUAGAUCUAUUGCUCUGGAAAAUGGGCACUGCCUUAAUGGACUAAUGGAAGCUGACUCAGUUUAGCUACAGCCAAAGAUAAUCACAUGCCGUCAAGAACAAUACUGCAGUUUCUAGUGUAUGACAAUAAGUAAUAUGUAUCUAAAAUUACACAAAUUGAAAGUGGGGUUAAAACAUGAUUUUAUUCAAAACCCCAUACGCAGGCCUAGAUGUCAAAUAUAUCUCAAGAGUUUUAGAAAACAUUCUCAUUUAUCGCCCUCUAAAGGUGGGAAAAUGGAAUUGCAGGACGGAUGUCAACAGCGAAGCUGUUCUAAAUGCACUUUUUUCCUCAAUUAUUUUUUUUACUCAUUAAACUUAAUAAAGUAAGGCAGCCUAAUAAAAGUUGUUUAUUUUACAUGGAGCAACUGUCACAUCAAUCAGUGCAACAUAAAAGUUGAGUACGCAUUCAAGCAAGAAAAAGCUAUUAAAGUGCAUUUUGUUUAGCAAAAAACAUCUUACAAUAGCUUAAUCUUGGAUCUGUGGGAGAUAAAUGUCUUUCCGAAAGCAUAGACUAAAAACACAGCCACAUCCUGCUGAAGAAAAGCACACGAUAGAUAGCAGUGUCUAGAUCUUUCCUGUUUAUACUGCGUGAUGAAACAGUAACCGUUCAAAGCCAAACUGUCUUUAUAAGAUAUCAAAGCAUAUUUCUCAUCUCUCGUCUCUUCACAAUAAUCUGUUCCCAACAUCUGCACUUUGAUGUGUUUUAUGCAUGCUGGUCUGUGUGUAUGACAGAUAAAUAGCUUUCCAAACUGGGGGAAAAAAUGAAGAUAACAGAAAUAAAAUUCAAUAUGCUUGUUACUUCCCAUGAAUCUGAGAAAGCAAACAUUAUGCUACACAAUAACAGUGUUCAAUGGCAUACAAAAGAAAAACUCUUCACAUUUUAGUCAGUUCACAAGCGCUUGUUUUUUUGUUUUGUUUUUUUACUUUAACAUGCAAGUAUUGAUAGUAAACUAAACACAAAUACAUACACACAAGGCCAUAAUUUUAUCGAGUUUUUAGUGUUAUUUAUAUACUAGCAUUUAUUAGUUUUUUGAAUGAGCUUUUUUUUUUUUUUAAAUAAUUUUAUAAUGCACUUUUGCCAUUUUUUACAUUUUUUUAGUUUUUCACAUUUUUACUAAGCUUCAAUUUUUUUAACUUUAGUUUUAGGAAUUAGUACUUCAAUCUUAAUUUAGCUUAUAUAUAUAUAUAUAUAUAUAUCAUUUUUUUAUUUUAUGUAUAAAAUUAGUAUUAUAUUUAUGAAUUUUUUGUUUAGUUUUAGUUAACAGAUCUUAUCAUUUUAUCUUUUAUUAAUAUUUUUUAUUUAUCAUUUUAUAUAAUUUUAUUAUAAUUGACAUUUUAUACUGUAGUAGGAGUUAUCAUUUCACACAGAAACUCAACACAGGCUGUUAUAUAUCGUUUUUGACACUUGAUCCCAUCGGUAAAUCCCAAAGAGGAGAAGAAAUAAUGCUGUAAUGAGAGAAAAUAGGACUCACGCUGUCUUCCUGUGACCUGAGCCAUCCUUUCUUUUAAACACGGUUGAGGCGAUGAGUCCUUUGAAGUCUGUAAUUGGAAACAGUUGAUGGAGUUAAGUGGAAUAACGGAUCCCAGAUCCGUUUCUCCAGCCGUAUCUCUCUCCACCCGUAAAACCGGGCCUCUUAACUUUGACCUUGGUGUAGUCCAUGUCAGGCAGUAAGCCCAGAAACAGACGACCAGAAUGAUGCAUGAUGGCAACAUUCAGUGAAGCCUCGGGAUGAAAACUGAAUUAGGCUCAAUCUAAUAAUAAAGACGAGGAAAACUACCUAAGAAAUUGGACAGCAAUGACAACAAAUUGGAAAUCUGCUUGUCCCCGAAGAGAAAAUUCAAAGUGGCAGAACACCUGAUUAAUGUGGCAGCUCUUUGAAAAGUAAGAAGCGAUAAUAAGCAGAGACUAUGCAGACUCAGCAAACAUAACCUUUCAGUAGUGAAAGCAAACACAGACAGACCACUUUUUCUUAAGAAAAACCCAAAAGCAUUGUAUACCAGUCUACUUAGGCUUACAAUACUUUUAGGAAAGGUACAGACUGUGCUCUUUCUACACCAGACAAUGAGGUAAAACUAGAAUAAACUUAGUAUAUUAGUUUAGAUAUUAGUUUAGAUAGUUUAUAAUAUUAGAUAACAAAACAUUGAACCAAGUGGCAUCUACAAACAAAUUAAGCAAAGGUUUCAAGGUUUUUAGCAGAUUUAGAGCUGGGUAAAAAAAUAUAUAUAUAUAUAUAUAUAUAUAUAUAUAUGUAUGUAUAUUUUCUAGCAUUAGAGAUUUUUGUACAUAAUACUGUAUCCAAAAUAACCGAUAUUGAAUUAAAUCCGAUUCGAAUUGAA